AUGGGUGGAGGCGACCUCAACAUGAAGAAGUCGUGGCAUCCGCUCCUGCAGGUCAACCAGGAGCGCGUGUGGAAGCGCGAAAAGGAAGCCCUCGACGAGCGCAAGAAGCUUGAGGAGCUCCGUCGAGAGCGGGAACAGGAGCGCGAGAUGCAAGAGCUACAACGGCUACAGGAGGAGGCAGGAGGAAAGAAGCGCGUCGACCGCGUCGAUUGGAUGUACGCCACGCCCGCUACCACCGGCUCCAACUCGGCCGCCGAAAUGGAGGAUUACCUGUUGGGAAAGAAGCGCGUAGACAAGCUACUCCAAGGAGACGAGAACAAGGAGGUGUCCAAGACCACACAGAAGGGUCCUAUAUCGCUGCAGAAUGCAAAUUCGGCGCGAGAUCUUGCUGCCAAGGUGCGCGAAGAUCCUAUGCUCGCCAUCAAGCAGCAGGAGCAAGCAGCCUACGAGGCCCUGCUCCGCGAUCCGGCCAGAUUGCGGCAGCUCAAGAUGCAGGCCGGCAUUGAUGUGGACUCGGAGACCAAAGAAGAGAGACGCCGGAGGAAGGAGCACAAGAGUCGCAGGCACGACCGCGACGAACACCGUCGGCACGACUCGUCUCGCAGCGAGCAGCGUUCGCAUCGUCAUCGAGACGAACAAAGUCACAGUGACCGACAUUCCAGCCGUCGCGAGUCCGACCACUCACAUCGUCGCGACCGAAGAGACGAUCACGGAUCAUCAAAGAGGCACCGAGAGGAAGACCGUCGUGAACGUCGUUACACGGACGACCGAGAUCGACCGCGCGAGCAUCGGCCGCGCGAUCCGGAGGACUCUCGUACAACUUUACGCGGAAGGUACGACCGUACAGACCGAAGGAGGGAUGACGCCGGAUCUCAAAGAACUCCUCCUCCUCGCAGUGUCAGUCGUAGCCGCUCUCCCCCAGCGCGCAACUCUUACAGUGAUCGUCCUCGGCCCUCGUCCUGGACCCGACCGCCAACCAACGGAUCGACGCGCGAUCAGGAACAAGAUGACAAGCGUAGGGAAGAGAUCCGCCGGCAAAGAUUGCGAGAGAUGGAACAGAAUGCAAAGUCGAUGCAGCAAGAGAGGAGCUCCUACGUCUCCAAGAUCAAUGAAGAAGAAGCACAGCAGGAGCGCAGGGAGGCCGAGCUACGGCAAAAGCUCAUCGACGCACGCUCCAAAGGUCAUGGCGAUGGCAAAGGUGGCUUCCUCAUGGACCAGCAGCGCAAGACAUUCGAUGAUGGCGUGGAUCUAGCAGAACGUAUGAGGAGGGACAGAGGAAGGUUGCAGCGCAUGGAUUGA